AUACCCCAUAAGGGAAAAGGAGCAGUUUUCUUUCCUUAUAACAAUCUGUUGGCAUGUGAGUAUGAGUAUGAGUGAAGUGAAACAUGGGUUGUAGCUGAAGAGUGAAAGGAUUUCAGUGCUUGUAUACACACUGGAAGUGGACACCUAUUCUGACUGGGAACAUGUCAGGACAUGUGAGUGUCUCCGAACCGUGAACAGGUCAACGUGUGUUCGUGUCUGUGUGUAAGUCUUGUUCUGUCGUUGUUGCAUUUUUUGGGAAACUUUAAUGGGCUCAUUAAGGCACCAACAUCCAGCCUGAUGCUGCUUGAAAGAGAGGAAAUUGGGGUUGCUGGCGCUAUGCCCAGGCUAUCCUGUCCUUCGCCCUCACUUCCAGUUUCUGCAACGCCCUCUCCACCUUUACUCCCCUUUGACGCAAUUUCUCUGGUAGUAGCAAAAAGGGAGUGAGAUUGACUAAGCUGGGCCCUGUCAAACGAGUUGCCGUGAAGAUUGUGGAGCGUCGGUUCCUUGGAUCCUCAAGUCUUCUUUCGGAUAGGAAAGCUUUCCCGAUCUUUCAGCUUGGAUCUUUUGCCCUGGCGUAGGACUUGUUUGCCGGCACCUGCGCCAGCUCCUUAGACAUAAAACACUGGAAAGAAACCAACUCCCAGGAGGUGGAAACGAGGAAAUAUUUAUCAAGCUGUGUGCCAACUGUGCUAUUCAGGCACGAUCUAAUUUGCCCUGUGCAAAAGCAGAUUCUGUGAUGAAAGGAGCAGCGCCGUCGUCAUCCCCACAAUGACUUGUGGGGUAGAGCCAAUGUUUGGCUCACAAUGGAUGGCGGAGAUGUGGCUUUGGGUCCUGCCACUCGUCCUAGUGUGCCUGCCUUCUGCCUGCCUUCAGCCUGCAAAUAUUCUGGAGUCUGUCCACUGCUCUCAGGGUCUUGGCUGCCAGCUAUUGGAAAAAGGUGUGCUGUGCAUCCCUGGAGAUGCCCUGCCAGUCCCAGGGCAAGACCCAGUCCUGGUGCUGACCCAGAUGGAGACGAGGAACGGACUUCGGUGUCGGAAGCAGCGAGACUGCAUCCCCUGUGUGCAGAGUCACCUGCCUUGGGUUCGAAACAAGUUGAGGGAGCUGACAGGACCAGACCAGAGCCCAGAAGACAUCAUGGCAACACUGAAGGAUUCCUGCAGGCGCACGUGCUGCUCUCAGCUGAGACAUACGCUUCCUCCCACUGCGCCAUUAUGAAGGUUUUGCUCCCCCGGGGCGGUGACUGGCACAACCGAAGCGAUUUGGGCUCUCUCCAGUUCAACUGCUUCCCGGUGGCUCUCAGUGGGGAGUUGCAUAUCACGGCAUUCACCCAUCCCCACUAUCAGUUUGCACAACCCUUGCGGAAGACCCACUCUGGGCCAGACUGCACCUGGCACAGAGCAAAAGAUGCCAUCCGCCUCUGCCAAGUGCCCAGACUGGAGGUCUCCAGGAAGUUAGACAAGGCAGUGCUGCAUGUGUCGGACAUCCCUGAGGCACAGCGCUUUUCCAUGUGGCUGUAUCUGAAUCAGACGAAUGCAUUCAAAGAGCUGGGCGAGGGCGCACCUAAAUUGCUGACCGGAAACGAGAAUGUGAGCUUGCCUAUCGACCAGGUGUUACCCUGUCUCUGCAUGGAGGUCUGGCCCAACGUCGGAAGCCAAGAAGAUUCGCCCCGAACUCACCUGUGCCCCUUUUCAAGCGAUGCUGAGGCCUUGUCCAGGGCCUGGAAACAGAGCCAUCUGAAACUUAAAGCCUUUGAGGGGACGCUGACCUGCUCUCUCUCAGCACCGUGCGACCUCCCAGGGGAGCUGGUUCCCUGCUGGAGGGGGGCACCCGAUGCCUCUUGCCACCCACUGCACCCCCAGCUGAACCUGGCCCUCACCCCACAAGUGCCGCAGGAGUUCCCAGGACUGACACCCCACCCCAACCUCUGUGUGCAGGUCAGGAGCAACGGAAACACCUACCUCCAAAGCUGCCUGCAGGAAGAUACCGCAGAAAGCCCUUGGCAAACCAAGCAACAUGUGCUGCUUCGGAAGACUGAGCAUUCCCAAGGGAGCUCUUCUACACAUGUCUUUGAGGAGGGUACCUGGGUCCCCAUCGCUCAAGCUGCCAGCACAGGAAAGGGGAUUCUGGAGGUCGCCCUGCAGAGGGACUUGCAGUCAGGAGAGUGCACCAAGGUAUGGCGUUCAGAGGAUGGUGAGAACCACGAGCUCUGGGCCUGUUCACUGGAGAAGUAUUUCCGAAGACGCUGGGCCCUGGCCUGGAUGAUGGCUCUCCUGGGCUCCUGCUCUAUCCUGCUCGUGCUGCUGCUCAAGAAAGAAGCACUGAAAGGGUGGCUCAGGAUCCUGAAAGAAGAUUACAGUUCUGGAGGAGUGCUUCGGGGACGGCACAUCCUCGUUCUCUACUCUCCCGACCACGCUGGCUUUGAGCGCCUGGUGGGCACCCUGGCUGGCGCACUGGCCCGGCUGCAGCUGACUGUAUCCCUGGAGCUGUGGAGCCGCGGGGAGCUGAGAUCCCUGGGGCCCAUGCAGUGGCUUCAUGCUCAGCGGCACCGGGUCCUGCAAGAAGGCGGAGCCGUUGUGCUGCUUUUUUCCCGCGGCGCCAGAGCUGCUUGCUCGGAGUGGCUGGGUUGGGAGCAUCAAGACAGGCUGCCGGCCGCCAAGCCCGACAGCACUUUCUUGGCCUCUCUGAACUGCAUCCUGCCAGACUUCCUGGCUGGGAAAUCCAGGGACCGGUAUAUGGUCGCCUGCUUUGAGGAGCUCUUCCCUGCAGACCAGAUCCCUGCGCUUUUCCGUUCGGCGCCUGUCUACUCUCUGCCGUCACAGCUCUUCAACUUCCUGCUAGCUCUGGCUGGCCCCGGUGUGGGCCAGGAGAAGAGGAACAGCCUCAGGAGACACGCGGUGUGGAUCAGCAAGUGUCUGGAGGACGCGGUGCGGGACUGCCGGGAAAAGGAGCCGAGCUGGCGUUAUCCACCAUUGCUGCCUCCCCAGUCUGAUGACACACAGCUGACGGGGACCAGCAUUCACCCUUCUGUAGAGUCCUGAUAGGGAAAGCUUUCAGAAGUUGGCUGCGUUGGGGGCCCUGUGUGGUUCCAGGAAGUUAAGCGGAAUGCAUGGACAUGAAGGCUCCAUGUUGAUCCCUCACUGGCCAGCCUGCUCCCAGUAGCCGUGAUGGCACAGGAUAGCUGGACCAUGUGAACGGAUGCAUUUGGGCACAGCAGUGAAGUGGAUAGGUGUAUCCCUGUGGGGUGCAAGAUGUGUGUGUAUUAGCUUGUUUGGAAAGAUCCUGACAUUUUGCUACCAAGUGUGCAACUACUGGAUAUUUAUCAUGCUUGCGAGAACAGAGGAAUCCCAUCUACACGGGCAGGGAGCAGUAUACCAUCAAGUACCGUAUACGAAGGGCAACCAACAUGGGUGCCUGUUGCUUUCAUGCUCUGGUUAGGAACCCAUAGAGUAGGGGGAGCUGGGAGCCUCCAGAUGUUGUUAGCCUCCCAUCUUCUCUGACCAUUGGCCAAUCUGGCUGGGGCUGAUGGAAGUCAAAGCCUAACAUUCCCCAUUCUUGCUGGAGAGGCUGGUUGCUUCUGGAAGCAGAAGAUUUUUAUAUUUAUUAUUUAUUAGAUUUGUGUAUCACCCUUCAUCCCAGGUCGGUUCACAACAGAGAAAUGCAAAAUCAGAAAACAAAACACAUAUUUGGCCCCUAGCCCAAUCCAGCAUGACUUGUCCUUAAGAUUCCUAACUGGACUUAAUGGUGAGAUAGCUGCUAAGCUUCACUCAAUGCGAUGAGAAGGCUGAUUUUUUAAAGUGGGAGGGUCUUUUUAGGGAACAGCAUCUAGAAAAACCCUAAACUUUUCUCUAAUCCCUACCAGUAUGUGUUUUAUCUGAGCCAAGGAGUGGAAUGCAAACACGUUAAGGCAAGACUUUCCACUGUAGGUUCUCAGUUGUGGGAUAUCUAUUUAAGCAAUAUUAUCUCCCCCCCCUUUUUUUGGAAAAAAAGAGUAUAUUUCAUUCUCUAGGGUAGCUUGCCUCAACCUGCUACCCUCCAGAUGUUGGAGUCCAACUCCCAUAAUCCCUGACCACUGGCCAUGCUGGCUGGAGCUGAUGGGAGUUGUAGUCCAUAUAACAUUACAUUUGCAAUUAUUUUUGAAAGGCAAUUGCAUCAAAAUACUGGACCACCUCUCUCCAUAUGAACCAAUCCAGCCCCGGCGAUUAUAAUCUGAGGCCCUUCUUUGGUCUGGAAGGUGGCAACACGAGAAGAGGCCU